UAUCACAAUCCUGCUUGAGAUAUGUAUCAUCAACGGAAAUGGGUCCAUAAUUCUUAACACUCCGGUUCGAUACCAUGGUAUUCACCACAUCAACGACUUGAAUCAAUGUGACACGAGGGAUGGGCAACCGCAAAAGCCCCGAUCGAUCUACAAUGGAGCUCCACCCACGAAAUGCUUCAAUCUGAGAUAAGAACGAAGAUCCUGACAACCUGGAGGAAUUCAAGCUCGAACAAGAUUUCAAAGACCCCUAGGCCAAGCAUCCUCAAGAUCUUUCGAACUCGGCUUGCAAGAGCGCCCCUCCGAACCCUUUCUCUGGAGCAUACCGGCGGUCCAAGCACAGAGUUGACAACACAAUUUUCAAACGCUUCAUGGGCGAUCCGCAUGGAUCACCUGUGGGGAUUGUCGAGUCUCGAAGCUCUCAGGCUUCCAGCCCCGUUCAUCAUCCCGGGCAACUCCGUUACGACUUUGCCAUCAGGAGGCGGUUUGCCCCCCAAGGAUGAAGCAUCUCCAUCUGUACGGCUGCCACGAUUGCAUGCGGCUUCCCGUCAGGCUGCUCCAGGCCAUCCGCAAGAGACAGUGGCUGCAACUGGCGAGAAUCAAGGGGGACGGCAUCGAGGCACCGUGGGCGUUUGAUAAUUGAAAAUACGGUGACUGAGCAGAGAGUUCGAAGCCAGGCUUUCAUCUGAAGGGAAAUGCGGGCAUUGCAGGUGGCUGAUGGUGUGAGGAGCGGAAAAGGACAUGAUCGGAUAUAGAAAAGUUUGAUAGAGGUAUGAAAAGCAGCGCAUCCAGUUACAAAAUUCCCAUG